AUGACAAUCUCUUACACACUAAAAGUUGCAGAUGCCUGAUUUGCUGGAUUCUCCAAACUACUCUUUUGUUGGAAAGGAAGUAUUUACAAGCUGUUGUACAAGGAGUUCAUUGUGCUCAUCAGCCUAUAUUUAAUAUACCCAUGUCAUCAGCAUUGUGCCAGUGUGCCAGGAAAAUGUGUGAAUGAGUUGAGCCCACAAGAACAGGAAUUGAAUCAACAUCGGGCAAAAUGCAGCCUGUUAUUUCACAAUGACUAAAUCAGCAUCCCCCUAGUGUACACUCAGGUGGUUACUAUUGCAGUCUAUUCCUUCUUUGCCUUCUGUCUGAUUAGACGCCAGUUUCUUGAGCCAAGGACAGGCUACAGAGAAGAUAACAUAGACUUUUAUGUCUCCAUCUUCACUCUACUGAAAUUCUUCUUUUAUGCGGGUUGUCUUAAGGUAGCAGAACAGAUCAUUAAUGCAUUUGGGGAGGAUGAUGAUGAUUUUGAAACAAACAAGUUGAUUGACCGCAAUCAUCAGGUUUCUUUUCUCUCUGUGGAUAUGUAGCAGAAUCUUCCACCAACGGAGAAAGACAAAUAUUGGAAUGAAUCCACGGCUCAGCUUCUUUACAUCAUUGCUACAGCCGAGACCCACAAACCAUCAUUUUUAGGAUCUACCUUUGAUGUGCGUGUGACUGAUAGCCCAGUUCUCAACAGACAAGUUGAUCAAGAGUCAUAAAUGGAACUCAAGAUGCAGAUCCCCUUACUCAGUCGAUUCCUUGAUACUGCUGCCUCAUCGACUAUUAGUCUCAAAAACUUAGGCAGGAGCAAUCAAGGGUCAAGAUUGUUAUGCAAACAUGUGGACAGUAUCUUCCAACCUAAUGAACUUGAUUUGGUGACACCCAUCAAUGAAGAGGACUCAGAAAACGAGGAUCAACACAAGAACAGCAAACCUUCUAGUUCUGGUGUCAGUCUCAGGGUUCCUCAGAUUUAAAGCAUCAAAAUUUCAAAAAAGGUACAAGCUUUACUAAUUACAGUAGAAAACCCAAUGAAAAAUCUUAUUAGAAUGGUCUCUGUCCAGACAACACCUUCAAAUAAAACUUCCUAUAUUUUGACUCCAGCGACAGGCUAUGACUUAUAUUAACUACACCAUCUUAAAUCAACUCUCGCUUCGAAGAAUUUAAUUUGGCUCAUCAGAAAGUUUGCUUUUAACAGAUCUAUGCUGGCUAUCCCCAAUUCACCUAUGCUUCGCCAAGAAGGAAUUAUCUCAUGCAUUAAAUAUAUGGAUAUAAGUUACAAGCAGAAGAGAUUUAAUUAUUAUUCUUGAAACAUGAAAACUGGCUCAAAAUGCAAAUAUCUUGAGAAAUUAAAGCUUGCCCUUAAUGAAAUGAAGUUCAGAAAUGUAAAUGAAUUUAUUUUAUAUAAGAAUGUGAUGGUCGUAGGAAGUCCUCACUUAAUGUUAAUUUGUUCCUGGAAAAGUUAUGCAAAAUAGACAUGUUGUUAUAGAUGGGGGUUGUGUUCCGGUGGAGGGGAGGCAGCUUUAGAAUAAAUGUUUCCAUGCAAACAUGUACAUGAACACUAUAAAGAAAUAUAGAAAACA